AUGCCACGACGAUGCCAUACAAAAUCAAGGCGGGGCUGCGUCCAAUGCAAAGAGCGCCAUGUCAAGUGCGAUGAGAAUCGACCAACAUGUAGUCUUUGCGUGAGGCGAGGAUUGGAAUGUAUCUACGUCGCUCCACGUCCAAGGCGGAGGCCCGUUUCAGGCUCCCCCAAGAACACUCGCUCCGAACGAUCCUCAUCGCAUGCCAGCUCUUCCGUUGCCGAUGGGUUCACUCGACUUCCGCGGUUGCAGGAAAUGCGCCUGUUCCACCAUGCUUGUUCCGCUACUCUCCCGUCAAUGGCAAAGGAUGAGGUAGACCGCCGCUUCUGGGAAUCACGAAUUCCCAAAGUUGCGACGGAGCAUCCUUACGUCAUGGAUGGCUUGCUCGCCGUCGCUGCUCUACAUAUAGCUUCCAUCCAAGUCGAAGACGCCGGCUCAUGGCUUGAAACGGCGCUUACCUACCAGACUCACACCACCAACGGCCUACGGCAGGACCUGGCCGCCAACCCCCAAAAUGCUGAAGCGUCGUUCAUCUGUUCUGGUUUGAUUUUAAUAUUCGUUACUGCAUACCCUGGCAUCUGCCAUGAUGAGAACCCCGUCGAUCCGCUGAGCGAGAUCCUGACUAUGCGCUCGAUCCUAAGCGGUGCCGCGUUCCUUUGGCUGCAAAUAUACCAUGGACAGGGUAUUUCACUCGACCCGUGGGUCACUCGGGACGGGAGCGACCGACAUUUGCUUUCUCGCGCCAGCGAGGACCCCGCACUGAUCAAAUUGCACCGAACCAUUCUCGAAAGAUUCCGAUCUUUACGGCCGUUCGUUGAGGGAAGCCCUGGCCCUAAUAUGGAGAUCUACCGAAGUACAUACCAGCUCCUCGACGAGAGUUUAGACACCUGGCCCUCCGGCCAAGGUAGCCUGGCUUGGCCGAUCCGCAUCAGCGAGGCCUUCGUGGGCCUCGUCAAACAGGGCGAGCCCAUGGCUUUGAUUUUCAUCUUGUUCCACGGUCUUGACCUCCACCUUUCCUCUCGGAAGUGGUUCGCGCGUGAUUCGGGGAAACGGCUCGUCUAUAGUGUUAUCCAGACUUUUAAUAGCAUACCAUGCGGGAUCCCGCCAGAGUUUCUGGGCUUGGUGGACUGGAUUAGAAAAGCGGUUGAAGUCUGA